GGCGUGUGAAGUGCGAUGUGAUAAAAGCGCGCGGGGGCAGCGCGCGCCGCCAGUACCGAGCUCACCUGUACGCCGUGCGCAGGCGCCGUUUUGCGCGGCGAUACGAACGCGAUACUUCACGCUCACACGCAACCCCGCGCCCCCACUCAAACACUAGUUAAUCUGGACAGGACAUCAGCUGUCCGACUCUAACAUAUAGUGAUUGUGCACUUGAACAGCUCGGCCUGGAGCACUUACAGCCGAAAUAGGACCUCGCCGGUCUCAUAGAUCGAUCACUCAGAUACGCUAAGCGAACGGAAGACCAAAAUUGCCUCGGAAAAUUGAAACUAGUAUAAGAUAUCGACACAAUGGCACUAGGAAUAAUGCUACAGUAUAUAAGCGAUUUUCAAUAUUAUAUGGACAAAUAUGGAGAUCCUAGGACAAAUCCAUGGUUCCUGAUGAGUUCCCCAUUCCCUACAUUAUUAAUAUGUCUAAGCUAUGUCUAUCUAGUCAAGGUUUUAGGACCAAAAUUUAUGGAGAAUAGAAAACCUUAUGAACUAAAAAAUGUUCUAAUAUUAUAUAACUUCUUACAAGUAAUAUUCAGUGCGUGGCUGUUUUACGAGAUCGGAGCUGCUGGCUGGUUCACAGGCAGGUAUAACUUUCAAUGUCAGCCGGUCGACCACUCCAAACAUCCACAAACAAUGAGGAUGGUUCACGCAUGUUGGUGGUACUAUUUUUCCAAGUUCACUGAAUUCUUUGAUACGUUCUUCUUUGUGCUAAGAAAGAAGUUUGACCAUGUAUCAACACUACACGUGAUCCACCACGGCGUGAUGCCGAUGUCAGUGUGGUUCGGCGUCAAGUUCACGCCGGGCGGUCAUUCCACCUUCUUCGGCUUGCUCAACACCUUCGUACAUAUAAUUAUGUACACCUACUACAUGCUGGCAGCCAUGGGACCCCAGAUGAGGAAAUACCUGUGGUGGAAGAAGUACCUCACUACUUUACAAAUGGUUCAAUUCGUUGGCAUUAUGGUGCACGCAUUCCAGCUGUUAUUCAUCGAAUGCGACUACCCUCGCGCAUUCGUCUGGUGGAUAGGCAUGCACGCUGUCAUGUUCUUCUUCCUUUUCAAAGACUUCUACAACCAGUCCUACUCCAAACCCAAGGUUCGCGCCCGAUCACCUCAACCAGAGACGACAGAAAUAAAAGACAUAACAUACAAGAACGGUUCUCUGAAGAACGGCUUCACCAACGGGCACACGAACGGCACGUUCGCGCGGUCCCGUACCGUACUGCCGGCCGGCAACUGACGGCGGACAAGGCGCCCACCUUAGCAUUCCGUAGUACUCUGUGAUUCAUAGCCUGAAAUUAUUACGGGACGUUAAUAUUUCUUAUUUAAUGCGUGGACCUUCGGGGUAAAGGUGUCGGAUGUAUUGAGGGAUGCGCGAGCGCAGGUCCGGCCUCUCGCCACGUCGCCUCGUCAAUAAUAACCCUAGAAGUAGUGGUACAUGUGAUUUGUCUAGUGUACAUACAGUUAGGCGGUAUCAAUGGUGUAAAUUUUAUUUUAUUGAUGUAAAUGUAUAGCUAGAUUUGUGAUCGCAUAGCGUUUUAUACUUUUAUUAUUAGAGUUAGAGUUUAGAGACCUCUAAAAGAAUACAGUCAUAAUACUUACAGACAC